CUCUACAUCAAAUCAAGCUAUGGCAGACGAAGAUCAAAGCAAGAAGGCAAAAGAAGAUCAAAGCAAUAAGAAAACAAACAAUCCCAAGUCUUAUCAAGUGAGGAAAGAAUGCAUAAAAAGGAAAUCAAUGGAGCUUGCAACUCUCUGCGAUAUCAAGGUUUGUACUGUUAUUACUGGUCCUAAUGGGCAAUUGCAAACUUGGCCUGACAAUUUGGAUGCCUGUAAGGAAGUUCUUGAUCUCUACUCUCAAAAUUUGAAACCCGAAAAGAAGCAUAAGGAAUCAUCAACACCAGUUCCAGAACCAGAAGAAGAACAAGGAGAGAAAGAUCUCUUGACACUAGUUGAAUCAAAGCUUACUGCUGUCAACAGGAGAAUUCGUUUCUUGGAGAACAAGAAUGUUGCUAUUGCUGAUAAGGGGAAAAGAAAGAUAAUUGAGUGAUUUAUUUGUAUGGGUUUUUUCUUUCCGAGUGUAUUUUCUAAAUGUUUCAAAGAUUGAGAUUGUGUUUUUUUUUUCUUGUUUUGUUCGAGGAUUUACAGCAGUUGAAAGAUUUAUCUUUGAUCUGCAUAUCCUUUUUUCCUUUGUAGUGCUUGUUUUAUGAGCAGUUGGUCCAAUAUGAAUACAAUCCAUAUUUUACCCUUUUAUUCUUAUGUAUGUAUUGA